AUGGCUACCGAGCGCAGAAUCAAGUCGCUCAAGUUAAGACUCCGUAGCAUUGAGACAUCCUUCAGCCUCAUAAGGGUGUUCGUCAAUAACUUCCGAGAAGAUACCCAGUCUGUUGAAGUGCCGGUGCGGCUGGAGAAUCUCGGAGUCCUAUGGGCGGACUUCUGCAAAACUCAGGCUGAGUUGGAGGCUGCUGAAGUUGACGAUCCGGAAGUCAUCGAUUUUCAACUCAAGCAGCGUGCUCAAUUUGAAACGGAAUAUUACCGUUCCAGCGCGCACUUCCCUGCUUCUUCUCAAAUUCGCCUACCAGAUGUCAAACUUCCUGUAUUCAACGGAACACUCGAGAAUUGGCUGAAUUUCCACGACCUGUUUAUUUCUUUAGUGCAUUCUUCCAGCGAAUUGUCGAACAUACAAAAGUUUUACUAUCUACGGUCAUCUCUGGCUGGAGAUGCACUAAAACUAAUUCAAACAAUUGGGCUCAGCGCCAACAACUAUCCCGUUGCCUGGAAUCUGCUUGUAGAGCACUUCCAGAAUCCGUCGCGUCUCAAGCAAGCCUACAUCGAUUCUCUUUUUGAGUUUGUCCCAUUGAAGCGAGAAUCAGCAGCCGAUCUCCAUUCCCUAGUAGAAAAAUUCGAAGCCAACGUCCGGAUCUUGAAGCAGUUGGGUGAAAGAACCGAAUAUUGGGAUGUUCUGCUGAUCCGCAUGCUGAGUAUUCGCCUUGAUACCAAAACACGAAGGGAUUGGGAAGAGUUUUCGUCAGUACAUGAGGCCGUCACGUUUCCGGAUUUGGUCCUGUUCCUCCAAAGACGGGUUACGGUACUGCAGAGUGUCAGCAACGUUAAUCUGGAUAAUUCGUCUAUUUCUGCUUCAAAAAAACCCGUUUAUCGAUCGCCAGUUGUCAGCAAUGGUGCCACUCAAGUUUCUUUCCGUCAAUGCCAUGCCUGUUCUGAACAUCAUCCGCUCUACCAAUGCUCUGUGUUCACGAAAAUGACCACCGAGGACAAGGAAAAGCUCGUGCGUCGCCAGCAACUGUGUCGGAACUGCCUUCGAAAGGGGCACCAAGCCAGAACAUGUCAGUCCAAGAACACCUGUCGAAAAUGUCGAGGGAAGCACCAUAACCAACUAUGCAACCAGGACUCCGGUCAUCUUGAAUCUAACCGACCGAAAACUCAUACCAAGGAUCCCGUUCCAGCCAGUGAAGAAUGUUCUUCGUCACUGUCCGCGGCAGUUCAAAAGCCUCCCACUGGAUUUCGCUCUCACAAGGUACUCCUUGCAACGGCCGUCAUUAAUCUCGUUGAUGAUUUCGGCAAUACCCAUCCAGCUAGAGCACUUCUCGAUUCUGGGAGCGAAUGUAGCUUUAUCACCGAAGCAGUUUCACAAAACUCAAGGCUCAACGCAACAAGGUUCACCUCACGAUCUCCGGCAUCGGUCAGUCAUCCGUACAAGCCCGCUGUAAACUUCGGGCUACCCUACAUUCCCGAGUUACCGAAUUCUCUACUGUCGUUGAACUUUCUGGGGGCCGACAUCUUUUUCGAACUCUUCAAGCCAUCCGGUAGAAUUCCUCUUGGAGAAUCUCUUCCUAUACUGGUGAACUCCGUUCUUGGUUGGGUGGUAUCUGGGAAGGUGUCGAAUUUCAAUCCUGUCGGCAUCGUAGCUUCCAAUGUUGCAACUAUCGCAGAUGUCUACCGCUUGAUGCAACGUUUUUGGGCCAUCGAAGAAGACGACUCCACAUCAUGCUUGUCAGUUGAAGAAGCCGCCUGCGAAAAGCACUUCCGCCAAACAGUUCAACGUAAUGCUGAAGGUCGAUACAUAGUCCGACUUCCCUUGAAAGAGACUGAUUCCAAAGUUGGUGACAACCACUCCAUUGCUCUUCGUCGGUUCCACAUGGUCGAAGCGCGUUUGCAACGGAAUACUGGUCUACGUUCGCAGUAUCAGGACUUCAUGUCGGAAUACCUGGCCCUCGGACACAUGCUGAAGGUAGACGAGGUUGCGCGUUCCCAUCCACAAUACUAUCUGCCCCAUCACGCUGUUAUACGUGCCGAUAGUUCCACUACCAAGGUGCGAGUCGUUUUUGACGCGUCGUGCAAGUCUACGACCGGAAAAUCCUUGAACGACGUGCUCAUGGUCGGUCCAGUCAUACAGGAUGAUUUACGAGCUAUCAUAUUAAGAACCCGAAUCAACCCAGUGUUACUUAUCGCUGACAUCAAACAAAUGUACCGCCAAAUCCUGGUUGACGAACGAGAUACUCCGCUCCAACGAAUUCUCUGGCGUAAUUCCUCCGAUGAACCUAUCGACACAUUCGAGCUAAAGACGGUAACCUACGGUACGGCUAGUGCGCCUUUUCUUGCAACUAGAACACUUCAGCAACUUGCCGACGAUGAAAACCUACAGUUUCCCGCGGGAUCUAAGGUUCUGAGGAAGGACGUAUACGUUGACGAUUUGGUAACCAGCGGAAGGUCUCCUCAAGAAGUGGCAGAUCUUCGAAAUCAGUUGGAUCAAUUGUGCAGACGUGGAGGUUUCGAAUUCCGGAAAUUUGCAUCGAACGUAGAAGCAGUACUCGAAGGCAUUCCUCCCGAAAGACGUGCUCUUCAAUCGUCAAUGGAGCUUACUGCUGAUCAAUGCAUUAAAACGCUUGGAUUGCACUGGGAACCUGCAUCGGACAACUUGCGUUUUCAAAUUCAGGUGCCUGAUCAACUCCAAACCACGGCAAUGAGCAAACGAGUAGCCCUUUCGCAGAUUGCGCAGCUUUUCGAUCCCUUGGGGUUGGUCGGUCCAGUCAUUGUCACAGCAAAAAUCUUCAUGCAGACCCUGUGGAGUCUUCUAUCAGAUGACGGCAAACCUUGGGGAUGGGACCAACCACUGCCAGUCUCCCUCGCAAGGUAUUGGGAGAACUAUUAUACACAACUACCAUCACUGAGCGCGCUACGAAUUCCACGUUGCAUAACAAUCUCAAAUUUCGAAACUCUUCAGUUGCACUUGUUCUCUGAUGCAUCUGAGCAAGCCUAUGGUGCAUGUGCCUAUUUUCGUUCGACUGACUCAGCUGGCGGCAUUGCAGUCGGCCUGCUUACCGCAAAAUCAAAGGUGGCUCCUUUAAAAAGGCGCAGCAUUCCCCGACUCGAGCUUUGUGGAGCACUCGAGGCUGCCCAAUUAUACAAAAAGAUUUCCUCAGCCUUUGGGAGGACGUUUUCAACCUUUUUCUGGGUCGAUUCCACCACCGUUCUAGCCUGGCUAAGAUCAAGCCCAUCAAAUUGGACCACGUUUGUUGCUAACCGGGUUUCCAAGAUCCAACUCGCAACGGAAGGAUCUACCUGGAAUCACGUAGCUGGUCAGCAGAACCCUGCCGACCACAUAUCGAGGGGCAUCGAUGCGGAUACACUUAUCUCCUGUGAUUUGUGGUGGCAAGGUCCCGAAUGGCUCCGAUUGGAUCAAAGUUUAUGGCCAUCAUCAUCAUCCGAUCAGACGUUCGACACCCAAUUGGAAUUCCGAACUUCAAAAUCUACAGUUGUAACGGCCAUAACCGAACCUACUUUCAUCGACGACUAUGUGGCACGGUUUUCCAAAUUUCAAACCAUGCUGCGUGUAACAGCGUUUUGCCUGCGACUCUCUUCCAAACGUUGGAGUGCACGAAAGGACGGAAGUUUUCAUUCAUCUCUCGCUGCAGAUGAAAUUCGGGAUGCCGAACACAUUCUAAUUCGCUUAGUACAAGCGCAGGAGUUCUCCGAUUACGUUACAGCCCUUGAAACAUCAAAACCAGCCCCCAUCAAAUCUCGCCUAAGAUGGUUCACCCCGUUCUUGGAUUCGAGUCACCUAAUGCGCGUAGGAGGGCGCCUUGACAGAUCGUCGUUGACCUAUGAUGCCAAGCACCAAAUUCUACUCCCCUAUCAUCAUCGUUUUUCCACCUUGCUGGUCGAAUACUAUCACCAACGGCAUUUGCAUGCGGCACCACAACUGCUCAUGGGAAUUCUUCGUCUUCGGUAUUGGAUAAUAGGGGCCAGGAAUCUGGCCAAAACCGUCGUUCAUCGCUGCGUAACGUGCGUCCGAGCUCGCCCUAAAUUGGUAGAACAAUUUAUGGCUGAGCUGCCAAAGGAACGCAUAACUGCCACUCGACCGUUCACGAAAACAGGCAUUGACUACUGGGGUCCGAUCUGGCUCAAGCCUCCGCAACGCAGAGCCACACCAACAAAGGCGUUCGUAGCUAUAUUUGUGUGCUUCAGCACAAAAGCUGUACAUAUCGAACUAGUGUUCGAUCUGACCACAGCAAAGUUCCUGCAGGCCUUGCGACGUUUCGUCGCCCGUCGUGGUCCACCAUCCGACAUGUUUAGCGACAAUGGUCGAAAUUUUCUGGGUGCGAAGAAUGAGUUGAAACGUCUGCUAAGCAAUUCCGAACAUGCUGACGAGGUGGCAACUGAAUGCUCUGAGUGCAACAUCCGGUGGCAUUUUAACCCUCCGAGAGCUUCCCAUUUUGGCGGGUUGUGGGAAUCGGCGAUAAAUUCAGCACAAAAGCACUUUCUACGAGUGGUUCGAGAUCGUCCUCUGUCAUAUGAUGACAUGGACACACUGUUGUGUCAAAUUGAGUGCUGUUUAAAUUCGCGUCCAAUUGUGCCCCUCAGCGACGAUCCUACAGAUUACGAACCGCUUACUCCCGGGCACUUUUUAGUCGGCACUGCACUCAAGUCUGUUCCAGAUGAGAAUCAUACUGAAGUCCCAUUCAAUUACCUAAGAAAGUGGCAGCAAACCCAGAAACUGUUCCAAGACAUCUGGCGAAGGUGGCACCUAGAAUAUUUGGCAUCAUUAGAACCAAGGGCAAAAUGGUGCAACUUACCUGUGGCGAUACAAGAAGGUCAAUUAGUCGUUUUAAAGGAUGAAGCUACACCUCCGAUUCGCUGGCCAACUGCAAGGAUUUCCAAGAUUCAUCCAGGAAAGGACGGGGUCACCAGAGUUGUUACACUGCAGACACCUAAGGGCUUAUGUGUACGACCGGUGUCUAAGAUUUGUCUGUUGCCGAUUGCAUCACCGCGGAAGGAAUCAAAUAAACAAACCAACGAUGCGCAAUCAACACCAGACAAAAAUGUUCAAAGGGAAAUAAGCUCCAGCCACCAAACCGUUCCGGAUCCAUGCAAAAUUUAA